AUGUGUGCGGCACUCAGCCCGGCUCAUUUUGAGCUUCGUACGAAGAUUUUGUCAGAAGCGACGAAGCAUGUCCGCACAACUGGUUUCACGAAUGCCACCCUCGCUGCUUCUCUUAAAUCCAUCGGAGGGGAAGUUAGCGAUCGAGCAUUGUCUCAUAUUUUCAACAGGGGCUUCCCGAUUGCCCUUGUCGAGCACAUAGUGAAGUCUUCAAACUUGUGUGUGCAGCAUGAAUUGGAGACAGCUUUCAACAAGGAGGCCAUCAUCAAGAGCAUAGACUCAAAUCUGGAUGCCUUUGUUGAAAACAAACUACUACUCCCCACGGAGAAAAACAUUGCAGAGAGAGCCAUUUUGUCAAAAGUGGAGUUCCUGUUACCUUUGGCACAACACUGGCCAAGCGCAGUAGCCCUCGAAUACCUUCCUUCUAAUCUACCGUACACUGUGGUCAACUUGGCGGAAUUUGUCGAUACUACAGUCUAUUACAUGGAGCGCACUGCCACACUUGGAGAGUUGCUUGAGCCGGCACGACGAAUUCUUCAAUCGAAGGCGAUGGCGUCCCAUCUUCAAUAUGGAGAGCGAGGCAUGAACGGUGCAUCAUCAGCUUCAUCUUUCUUGAGAAACUUUCUUCAUGGUAUUGCACUUUCAUCAGGUCCAUAUGCUGACCAUUCGACACUCAAAUUGAGGUGGUACUACAAGCGGGCGCAGGUGGGGCUUCUUUAUGGAGUAGCCACCACUUCUUUGCUUGGCGACGUUUCACGAAACGCUGCUGACACUCGAUCAUUGACCAAAGCUGUAGUUGAAGCCUUUUUCUAA